AUGAUCCCAUGGGCCGCCUUUCGCAAGAGCAGCGCACAAGAACCUGACUGGCGAGUGGAAUUGAACGCGGAGAAUGUCUAUUAUUAUGUGGAACACGGACCAAGUCAGCACAAACGUGCCUUGGACUCUCCGAUGCUGGGGCUGGCACAUGAGCGGCAAUUUGCCAUUUCUCAACUCGGGACCAGAAGUGUCGGCUUCGAGAAGCAACACAUUGCCUUGAUGCAAGAGGCACUUCGGCAGCUCAGCAACCAUUUCACCAUGCACUCGACACACGAAGCAUGUCGCCCGACCUCGCCGCACUCGGACUAUCUGACUGAUUGCCGGCACUUGAUGGACAACUAUAAUCCAUUACCGCCGCUUGACUCUUUGGACGAGCCCUGUUCCGAGCCAUCGACACCUUCGCCAGUGACGGUAUCACAGAGAUCAUCUCGAUCACCUCUGGCGUUGCAAGAGCUUAUGAACCCUCUGCCACUGACACCCUCGAGCUUGAAAAGAAAGUCGCCCGAUGAUCUGCCGUCAUCUAUCCUUGCCGAUGAUGUCCUCGAAGCAAUACCCGAUCUCGACGAUGAUGCCCUUUCUCAACGUCACUCCCUCAAAUACUCUCGAGCAGGCGAGAUACGAGGCAGGGCUCACUGCACGAUCCCCUCGAAACGGAGCAAUUUGAGAAGGAGGGCCAGCUACUACUCCACCUGGCACGAAGCCCAAGGACGGUGGGAAACGGAACUUGAAGAAAUGAACGCCUACGAACGAUCACCAUUGGAAAGCAACUGA